AUGAUUAGUAAAGUGUGUGUAGUAGUUGUUUUCCUUGCCCAAGUAGUUCAUCCACUGGACUACUACACAUUUGCUCAACAGUGGCCAAAGGGGGCAUGCAUGGGCGCGAAAAAACAAUGUAUUCCUGGAGUUCCAACUAUAUUUACGGUACAUGGCUUGUGGCCAUCAAACAAUGUUAAGCCGCACCCUACUCCCUGUCCAGCUCAAUCCUUUAACAUUGGACUAAUUAAUUCACUGGUGGGACAACUUUCUACUAUGUGGCCUAACAUUGAGAUAGGCAGAAGUAAUGUGGGAUUUUGGGCUUAUGAAUGGAAUAAGCAUGGCAGCUGCUCACCAUUCUCACAAUAUGACUACUUUAACCAUGCCAUUAGCCUAUAUAACCAAAACAAUCUCAAAUCUAUGCUUGCUGCUCAAAACAUCACACCUGGAACUAGUCAUUCAAUUCAAGUGAUUUUUAAUGCAAUACAAUUGCAUGUUGGCGUUCAACCAUUGCUUGUAUGUUUUAAUAGAAACUAUUUAGCUGAGAUCCAUAUAUGUUUUGAUGUCACAGCAACCAGCCAUACGAAUUGUCCUGUUCCGUCCUCUCAAACCUGUGCAACUUCUGUUAUAUUUUAA